AUGGGAGGUACACCACCUGCGACAUUGAUAGAAUUUUCUCUAGGCCAAGUCCAAGGGCAAGAUAUUUAUGAUGUGAGCUUGGUAGAUGGAUUCAAUGUUCCUGUAGCAGUUGUUCCUCACGGUGGUUGUGGAGAAUGCAAGAGCACAUAUUGUCUGGCAGAUAUGAUCAGCCUAUGCCCUUCAGAGCUGAGGGUAACGAGCAAAGAUGGAAAAGUUGUGGCGUGCAAGGGCGCUUGUAUGGCAGAUGGCUCAUCAUCAUCACAAUCCUGUGGCAGCAAUCCUUCCAAGCCCUCAGCUUCUGCAGAACUAUUCAAGAGUGUUUGCCAACGUGCCUAUAGCUAUCCAGAAGAUUAUAAUCAAAGCAAUUUCAGAUGUAAAGGCGCAGAUUAUAAUAUCACCUUCUGUGAAUCCCCCUACACAAAUUUGGACACAUCUGGCUCCUCAUCAUGCACGGAAACCAUCACAACAUCUCAUUACAUCAAGGAUCCAAAUACAAUAAGCUCCAAAGGGGGUUUGUUCACACUAGGGUUCUUCACUCCUGAAAAUUCUACAAAUCGCUAUGUGGGAAUUUGGUACAUGUCCAAUUCCACUAUUGUAUGGGUAGCUAACAGAAAUCGACCAUUAAGGGAUACUUCAGGAAUUGUUAAGGUAUCUGAAGAUGGCAAUCUUGUCAUAUUAGAUGGGCAAAACCAAACCAUUUGGUCAUCAAAUGUGUCAAAUAUUUCAUCUACUACUAGUUUUGAGAUUUUAGAUUCUGGAAACCUUGUCCUAAUUGAUAACUUGACGAAAACUAUAUGGCAAAGUUUUGAGCAUCCUUCAGAUACAUUGUUGCAAAGCAUGAAAAUUACCAGCAACAAAAGAACAGGGGAGAAACGAAAGUUAACAGCAUGGAAAAAUCAGUCUGAUCCAUCACUCGGCAAUUUCUCUAUGAGCCUAGAACAACUAAAUUUUGCAGAACUGUUCAUAUGGAAUGCAACUAGCCCCUACUGGCGUAGUGGUCCAUGGAAUGGCCAAGGCCUUACAACAGUUCUCAGGAUGAGUUCUGAGUAUGAUAAUGGUGCUGAAGAGAUGGUUUUUAGCCUCUCAAAUGGGUCUGACAUCAAAGAGAUGGUUGUUUUGAAUGCAAAAGGAAAGUUAUUACAUAAACAAUGGGAUGAUACUGAGAGGAGAUGGCUAGAAACAAAUCUUGUUCAAAAUUCAGAUUGUGAUGUCUAUGGUAUAUGUGGGGAAUUCGGAAUUUGCAAUUCAAAGAGUACGCCAAAGUGCAGUUGUUUGAAUGGGUUUGAACCAAGAAAUGGGGAGGAAUGGAAUAGACAAAAUUGGGCAGGUGGUUGUGUUAGGAAAUCAACUCUGCCAUGUGAGAAAAUGAAAAAUGGCAGUUCUAAUGGAAAGGAAGAUACGUUUUUCCAUCUGCAAAAUGUUAAAGCACCAAACUUUGGAGAACAAUCAUCUAAUACAGAAGACGAUUGUAGAUUACAGUGCUUGGAGAACUGCACUUGUAAAGCAUAUUCAUAUAAUUCAGUGCUUGGCUGUAUGACUUGGAAAGAAAAUCUAAUUGACGUACAACAAUUCUCAAAUGGAGGAGUUGACCUAUACAUUCGUGCAGCCAAUUCAGAUUUUGCUAAGAAGAGACAUAGGACAUUCAUCAUUAUCAUUGUUGCAGUAAUAGCAACUAUUAUUAUCAGUGUCAGUUGUGCAUGCUUCUUAUGGAAAUGGAAGGCAAAACAUUCAGCAGGAAAACGAAAUAGCAUACAGUUCUUGUCAAAAAAGCGUGGUGCAAAUGUAGACAAAACAAGGGGCAAUAUUAUUGGAAACUUGUCACAAGUUAAAUUCCAGGAGUUAUUGAUCUAUGAUUUUGAAAAGGUUGCAACUGCUACAAACAACUUUCAAUUGACCAAUAAACUUGGGCAAGGAGGUUUUGGUCCAGUCUAUAAGGGAACACUGCAAGAUGGUCAGGAUAUAGCAGUUAAGAGAUUAUCAAGAGCAUCUGGACAAGGACAAGAAGAAUUCAUGAAUGAGAUGAUUGUCAUUUCCAGGCUUCAACAUCGUAAUCUUGUAAAACUUUUAGGUUGCUGUAUUGAAGAAGAAGAAAAGAUGUUGAUCUAUGAAUACAUGCCAAAUAAAAGUUUGGAUGCAUUUAUAUUUGAUCCAGAAAAACGUAAACUUCUAGACUGGGGAAAGCGCUUUGUCAUAAUUGAAGGAGUAGCAAGAGGAGUACUUUAUCUUCAUAAGGACUCUAGACUAAAAAUUAUACAUAGGGACCUAAAGGCAAGUAAUAUCUUGCUAGAUGAGAACCUGAUUCCAAAAAUAUCAGAUUUUGGUAUGGCUAGAAUUUUCAAAGGAAGUGAAGAUCAUGCUAACACAAGGAGAGUUGUGGGAACCUAG